AUGAAGUUCUUAGUGAAAAGGGGGAUAGGUAGCCUAUUUCAAACUUUUAAGCGAUAGUAGUGGACUCACUAUCCAUAAACUUGGAAAAUUAUGUAACCUGACAACUGACGUUGUUUUCCAAGGACGCGGUUGUGUUUUAAUGAUUUUCAAAGGAAAGGAAAGGAUACAUUUCGCAUCCAUUCGAACCGCUGCAAGGCAAGCUACAACUUCCAACAAAGUUUACUUUGACAUUUCUGGAGAUUCUGCAUGCAGGCACUUCUGUGAGGUUUCUCUCUACUGACGGACUGUGAGGUGAAAGAAGAGUUGUCCUUGUGAGGAACCAGGAGGAAGGGAAGGCCGGCCAGUGACCACAUCCUGUCCUCUUCUGGAGAAGCUGUAGGCCAGUACUACAACAGUACGACUACAAUACUCUGAUGGCAGACAGACCCAUUCUACCCCUGUUGCUUCUGGCAUUCUGCUGCUCAGCAUUUGCAGGCCCGAUGUCACGCAGCCCGUGUGAGCUGCUGCCAGUCGGCGUAGGCCACCCGGUGCAGGCCCUGCUAAAGAGUUUCACGGCCAUGUCAGGCUGUGCCUCCCGCGGCACAACAGGACUACCUCAAGAGGUCCACAUCAUCAACCUGAGGGGCCACAGUCCUAAGGGGCCAGACCACAAGACUACAGAGGUGGAGCUGCACCUGAAGCCCAUCCAGUCCCUACUGAUGCACCAGAAGCCCCUGGUGUUUGUGCUAAACUCCCCCCAGCCUGUGGUCUGGGACAUCAGGACAGAGAAACUAGCCCUGGGCAUCAAACACAUCUUCCAUGUAUCUGAGGGAUCUGAUGUCUACUUCCUUCCAGGGAACUUCUCCCUCCACUGUCAGGUUCAGAAGGAGGUGCUUCCCCAUGGCAACGAGCACCUCCUCAGCUGGGCCACCAAGAAGUACAGAGCCGUCACCUCCUUCUCUGAACUCAAGAUCGCCCUGGACAUCUACAUUAAAGUGGGAGAAGACCCAGUGUUCUCAGAUACCUGUAAGAUUGACAACAAGUUCCUGUCUCUGAACUACCUAGCUGGCUACGUGGAGCCCCAGCCCUCUAAAGGCUGUGUCCUGUCUGGACCAGACCAGGACCAAGAGGUCCACAUCAUUGAGCUGCAAGCACCCAACUCCAGCAGUGCGUUCCAGGUGGAUGUGAUUGUGGACCUGAGACCACUGGAGGCAGAUGUUCCAUUGAAACGUAAGGUCGUGCUGCUGCUGAAGUGUGAGAAGUCUGUCAACUGGGUCAUCAAGGCUCACAGCGUCAUCGGCAAACUGGACGUGGUGACGUCAGAUACCAUCAGUCUGAGCCCCAACACAGAGAGGCUGAUGGAGGUGUCUAAGACCCCCAAGCACCACCUCCCAUCUGGCUCUCAGGCCCUGAUCAAGUGGGCAGAGGAGCAUAGCUAUGGACCGGUCACCUCCUACACCCACACCCCUGUGGCUAACACCUUCAACCUGAGGCUCAGGGAGCCAGAUGUGUUAGAUCCCCUGGAGUCCAUGUUCCUUCCAGACCUGUCUAUCCCGUGGGACACCAACCCCCUCCUGUCUGGUGGUCCGGGGGGUGCUGCCUCGCGCUCCGGUGGCCUGCCCUUCCCCUUCCCCCCACCCAAGGAGCAUGGCCUGCCCUACCUGUCCCUGGAGGACCGUUCCUGGCUGGGAGGGGAGCAGGGUGGAGAGCCUGAGGAGCAGCAGGGGACCCUCAGUGUGGGGCUCAGUGUUCAGUGUGAGGAGAACAGGAUGGUGGUCAGCAUCGACAGAGAGAGUCUAGAGGCCAGUGGUUAUGGUAAUGCAAACCUGACUCUUCAAGACCCAGAAUGCAAAGCAACGGUUAACUCCACCCACUACACCCUAGAGACGCCAUUGGAGGGCUGUCAGACAGCCAAGUACCCCAUGCACCCCAGCUCUAUGGUCCUCUACAUCAACUCAAUCUUGAUAAGUCCUGCUGAGCCUAAGGAUGGGAGUGGUGGCCCCCCAGAUGACGAGGAUCUAGAGUCCGGAGACGUGACCUUCCCUGGGGAGGCAGAUGAGCUGGAGAGGCUGGAGAGGGCUGCUUUCCUGGGGCACACCACGGAUCCUGAUCACAGAUCCUCCAUUCCGUUCAACUGCACCUACAGAAAGAACCAGAACACCCUAGGAGGAUCAGGAUCAUCAGGAUCGUUUUCCCACUUCGCCCCGGCAGCUAAGGAACCAGUCAGAACCGAAGGGGUGUUCAACAUGGAGCUGUACAACACCCAACUCUUCCGCUAUCCUUCAACCCAGGCCUUCCACACCGUUUCCAAAAAUAAACAGGUCUUCGUAGAGAUUGGAGCCUUCAAAGUCGACCCAGAGCUAGGGUUCAUGAUCCAGACCUGUUUCAUCUCUGCCAACUCCAACCCGAACAUCCCGUCUUACUACACCCUGAUCGAGAACAUCUGCCCUACGGACAACACGGUCAAGUACUACCCUCAGAGAGACCUCCCUAUUCCCCACUCCCAGACCGACAGGAAGAGGUUCAGCUUCACCUUCAACUCCUACUUCAACGAAUCGUUGCUGUUUCUGCACUGUGAAAUGUCUCUCUGCUCCAAGAGACCCCACAACAACCAGGGACGGGCUAUGUGUAUCCAACCGGACGAGGCGUGUACGUCUGUCAACGGAGAGAUCAUCCUAGCCAUGAUGAUGAACGCCAAGACUUCUACCAAGACCCUGGUGGUGGUGGUGGAAGGACAUGACACAGUGGAGAAGGAGGGACCAGUGCCUCCCACCCGCACGGCAUCAGAAGGCCCUCCUGACCCACCAGGGGAAACUGUGUUGUAUGUGUUGGACACCCCGACCGUGGUUGGGAUCGCCUUCGCCGCAUUUGUGAUCGGGGCCCUGUUGACCGGAGCCCUGUGGUUCAUCUACUCUCGUACAGGUGAUACAGCUGGCCGACAGCAGGCCCAGAAGCCCCAGCCCCCAGCCUCAGAGAACAGCAGUGCGGCCCACAGUAUUGGCAGCACACAAAGCACGCCCUGUUCCAGCAGCAGCACAGCGUAGCCUUGGGGCCAGUCCGGGGCCAGCGGAGAAGGAGAGCCCCCCACCCCUCUGCAGGGCCACAGGAAGGGCCACACGGGUCACAGGGAACUGGGUUUGCUAACAUUUGUUUCCCCGCUCAAUGAAAGGAAUUAUUUUGGGAUGCUUUGUGAAAACAAAGAAGAAGAAUUUAUUAAAAAAGAAGACAAACAAAAGGAUUUUGUAAGAAUGCCUGAUGUUGCUGUUUAAAUUCGAUGUGUACCAUUUUAUUUCAACACAAGUCGUUAAGAUUUUGUGACAGAGCUACUGUACUGGAAGGACUGGUCUGAAGGGGAAAUAGUACUAAUACCACAGAAAGGCAACAAGGCCUCACAUCUCUAGAGCGAUAGAACUCUAGCUACGGACAAGAAACAACUGUUAGUGAAAUACCAGACUUUUUUUCUUAUCCAAAUGCUGCUUUUUCUGCAACCACAACAGAGUUUUGACCUUAAAUGUCUAGUUGAAGCUGUAAACAAGCUAGUGUACACCAAUAGCACUGGAGACCGUAAAGCUGCCUGUCUGCACACACCAUCUGUGGGUGUUAGCAAGACUAGUGAGCGGAACAACAUGGCUGUCAACCAGAGUGUUAACCCCUAUCAAUAUGCUAUAUAAAUAAUAGAUGCUACCUCCUAUCCACAUGUUAUAGGAGAUAGUCAAAUCAACGAGUUGAAUCAGAGAGCAAUAGUGUGAGAAGGAGCCUCUCGGCAGUCUCUUUUCCCCUCAAAGCCAGAUAGAGUAAAGCAUCCUGCCAUGUGCUAUUAAUCACUUGGAAUCUGAAAGGACUUAAUAACCAAGCAAGAUAUAUACAUAGAUAGAUACCAAGAAAUGUGAAAGACAAAAGUAAUGUGAAAGAUAUCUUGAUGAAACCUGUUUGCAAGCCAGCUAGUCAUGACAAUCGGUCAGGACUUUGGCAACGCAUCCGUCUAAACAUACUGUUGUGACAACAUCGAUGACAAAGUAUCAGCGGUGUGCAUUUGGUCAUAUUGAGUGAUGAUUGCUUUGCAGUCCUUCGUCUCAAGUUUGAUUGGUGUUACACAGCUUGGCUUUCGGCAGUAUGGGUUUCUCAUAUACUAUAUAAAAACAGCCAUUGUAAAGCUAUAUAUAUAUUUUUGCAACUAUUGUAAAUAAUCUAAAAUGUUAUAAGGAGAAAGUCAAAAUAUAAUGUGCAAGAUUGUGUGCAUUCGAAGCCUUAUGUUGUUAAAUAAGACAUGGUAAAGUGGCUAUGUUUGGCCAGUAUUCCCAUAUAUACUAUAAUGUUUUAUGUUUUUAUCCACUGUGAGUGAGGUAACUAAAAUGCUACUUGCUGCAGUGUUGGAUCAUAAAUAUAUAUACAGUAUUGUAAUUGGGCAUUACAUUUGGAGCACAGUAAUUGGGCAUUACAUUUAAACCACAAAAACAACGUGCCAUUCGAUCUGGGUCCGACACCACUAGGCCUUCAGCUGUUUUCAUUCUGAUUGUACAUAAUAAUGUUGUACACAAUUUCAUACCAACAUUUACAUUUUUCACAGCAAAUAAUUGAGAACCUGAUAUAGUUGAGAUUGUGGAAUGAAAAUAUAAGCCAAAAUAGUAAUUGUCUGGUUUUGUUCAGUAAAUCAUACUCAGAUUCUCAGCUUUCAAGUAUAUUUUCUGUAUGUGGUAAAUACAUUGUCAAUCUUACUCACCAGGGCAUGAAAUAGUUCAAUGUUGCAAUAUACUGGCGCCAUCUUGUCAUCUUAAUGGUGUACUUGUUCCGACAAACAUUCCACAUCCUGAUUAUUUACGCCCUGGUGUCAUGUUCAACAUGUAUUGUUUCUCUCUGUGUUUAUAGACAUAUUUAUUUUAUUUUACCUUUAUUUAACUAGGCAAGUCAGUUAAGAACAAAUUCUUAUUUUCAAUGACGGCCUAGGAACAGUGGGUUAACUGCCUUGUUCAGGUGCAGAACGACAGAUUUUUACCUUGUCGGCUCGGGGAUUCGAUUUUGCAACUUUUCGGUCACUAGUCCAAUGCUCUAACCACUAGGUUACCUGCCGCCCCAGUAUGGGCACUUAGAUGUACAUGAUUGUGUACAUAAUUGUGCACAUAAUUGUACUACUAUGGCUGACCCUGUAAAACAACACAUUUCACUGCACAUAUUCGGUGUAUGUGACAAUACAACAUGUUUGUUUUUUUAUGUCAUGUGCCAUGCUAAUGCAAAGCCAAAAGAGUUCCACCGUCAUAGAAUCCAUGAAUGUUCUCUGGUGUGCCUUUACUUUUAGUAGUUGGGGGGUUUGAAUAGAAAUAUCUUUUUUUAGGAGAAAAGGGAUGGUUUGUACUAAUUUUACUUUGUGGUUGGGCGUGUAAAAGAAAACCCAAUACAUUAAGUAAACGUAAUUUGCGUUAGAUCCUACUUUUAUGUGUUAAGUGUUUUAUCGCAAAGCUUUGAGCCUGUGUUGUAUGUAAACAUGUGUAGCUGUCUCCACAGAAGAAAACAGAGUAUAAAUAUAUUUGUGGAUAAAAUGAUAUAUAUUUGAAA